AACACCAAAAAUAAAAAUAAAAAUAAAACAUUCAAAACACAGUCGUUUAAGCCGCUCACAGAACCUCAACCUUGAUUCCUCGAUUCGAAGUCUAGCAAUUAGCUCCGACGUAAAACCACCGCUCGUCGGUCUUUUAGAUUUUGAAAUUUCCCUUAGAUAUAACAUUUUUGCUCCAAAAAAAUUUCACAAACCAAAAAUGGAGAAAUUAGCGAAAGAGUGGUUCUCGAUGAGCGGCACCAGUAGUAGCAGCGGAGGAGAUCAGGCGCCGCCGUCGCAGCAGCAGCAAACAGGAACGUCUCUACUAGCUGAUUGGAAUUCUUACGCAGCAUCCAGAGAUUUCGAAGAAGAUACCGCAGGAACUCUAAGCUUCGAUAUCGAAUCCGCCGUUAGAUCUGCCAACGACACUGUUUCCGGCACCUUUAAUGUUGUCUCGAAAGGAGUUAGAGAUAACCUGCAGUCUGCAACAAGCAGUAUGCCUUCAGGAAAAGCUUUGAUGUAUUUCGGUUUACUUCUAGCAAGUGGUGUCUUCUUCAUCUUCAUUGCCUUCACUAUGUUUCUUCCAGUCAUGGUGCUUAUGCCACAGAAAUUUGCUAUUUGUUUUACCCUUGGAUGUGGAUUUAUCAUUGGAUCAUUCUUUGCUCUUCGUGGUCCACAAAAUCAACUCGCUCACAUGUCGUCAACAGAGAGGCUUCCACUAACUUUAGGUUUCAUUGCCACCAUGGUUGGUACCAUCUAUGUCUCCAUGGUGCUCCAUAGCUACAUUCUCUCUGUGAUUUUCUCUGCGUUACAGGUUGUUGCACUGGCUUACUACUGUAUAUCCUACUUCCCUGGUGGAUCAUCGGGAAUGAAGUUCCUCACUUCUACUCUUACCUCCUCUGUCUUCAGAAUGUUUGGGAGAUAAGCUUUUGCCUCGACCUAUUCA